GCUCGCAUCCAGUUUUGUUUACCAGCAGAUAAAACACGCAAACGAAACGCGCAGCAGCCGACACUAACAUUUGGAGUAUUUUCUAAAAUACAACUAUUAAUUUGCAACAGCUUAAAGUAUAAUUUUAAUUGUUUAACACAUUUACUUAUGUGCGACGUUCAAGUAAAAUAAUGAAAACGGAAAAUUAAUUUAAUAAGAAACUGCACGUUUUCUUCAGUUAGAUUCUUAUACUAUAUAGCAGCCAACUGGUGCAUCGCACUCACACACAUCAACUCGGUCACAAUCACUCGACGCGACCUUGCCCCACUUUGUGUCAGUGUUGGUAAAACGCCCUAUCAACCCCCAACAAUACGAGCCAACGAACUAAAUACAAAAUUAAAGCCAUAUACAAACUUACAUAAAUCCAUACAUAUAAAUCUACGCUGCAAUCCAUUGUCAUGGUUGAGGAAGGCGGCUGUCUUAGACAAACAGGCGCUUCGUUGUCGACCAGUAUGGUGGCCAGUGCGAACCCAGGCAGCAAUGUCAAGGGCGGUAAAUACGUGUGGUCAGAUCGUGAGUUGCUGAUGCACUUACAAAAUUACACACCCCUCAUAUUGCUCAUUGACUUUGUGGAGAAGACGCGCACAAAACGCUUUUAUGAGGCUGGUGAACGCUACGAAAUACUUAUGCUCAUAUUCAUUAUGCGUAAGGGAGCACCAUUUUGUGAAAAUAAGCGUUUUCCCGAAGAAUAUUGGGUCAAUCUAUCAGUGGGUCCUAUUGCUGAAGCAUUUGAUCGUUUGUCGGCCGCUAUCGACAUACCGGAUCCGCAGUUGCCAAUACAUAUGACCGUUACGGACUUAACCAGUUGGAAGCAACAAUUCGACGCAGCAAUUUUAGAUAUACGUCGCUUUGCGUACUACACAGAACCGCUGAUGUUAGCCGAUGUGGGCGUUUAUAAUCGUACAACAUUUGAGGAACGUUUUGGCUUACAUUGGCGUAUUGAUUAGGCUGAAUUUUAAUUUUACUAAUUUAUAUGCAUCAAGUGGUUUGCUAGUAUUGCUGAAUUCCUUUUUCUUGUUAUUUCCUCUUUGUGCUUGCGUACGCCACUUUUUGCGCUAAAAUUGCGCGCUAUUAUUUCCGUAUCCGUUGUGGACGAAAAAGGCAAAGUAGAAACGAAAAAAUUGUAUGUGAAAACAAAGAAAUUAAAACUGUGCCUUUACAUUCGCAAGUUAAUGAAUUCACUGAAAAAGUGAAAUUCUACAACUUUUUAAAUAAACGGAAAUAUUUAAAGAAAAUGCAUAUAUAUUUAUGUACAUACAUAAGUGCACAUUAUUUAGUGAAAUAAUCGCUAUACAUAUAUGUACAAAAAUGAGGGAUUGAACAAAGGAAUUUAAAAGAACAAGCGGGUGAUAUCAUCUAGCAAUUGUGGAAAAUUAAAUGCUACUUAAACAAGAUUACGCUCUAUGAAUGAAUACAUAUACAUACAUAUGUACACAUUCAUAUAUAAAAUUUAUGAACUCAUCAAUGUAACUUCCGUUCGAACAAUCAACGUAAUUUAGCUCCAAACAGCUGAGCGAAAAGAAAUGUGAAAUUUAGCUGUAAUUUAAAUUUUAAAUAAGCAUCUUAAUUAUAUAUAUAUACAUACAUAUAUUAUAUAAAUUAAAUAUAUAUAUGUAAUAAUAAAUUGUAUUUGGGGCAAAGUCAUGUAAUGGCUAUGGUUAAAGAAAUGUGGGCUCUUUUUGUCUGUUAUACUAAAUAAAAGGUGUUAUUUCCUGCAAAAGCA